AAUGAUUCCCUGCGAUAUGUUGAUUUUAAUUGGGAAAAAUAUGGAUGGGACAUUGAAAUAGCAUCCAAUGCAAUGUUUGGCCCAGUGAUGGAUUAUACAUGGGAAAGUAAUAUUUAAACUUAAUAUAUUUCAUAACACAUUAAUAAUUAAUUUCAUUUAGUGUUACCUAUUAUUAUGACUAGAUCGGCACCCUUGACGCAAAAUUAUAAAUUUGUAAAAUUAGGAGACAUUAACAUCAGAAAUCGUUUUGAGAUCAAUUUUUCAUUCUUGGGAAAAUCAAGUGCACAAAUUUAUUUGUGUUCAAAUGCCGAGGUAAAAAGGGGUACAUGUUUCAUUUUUAUUCUUGGAGGGUGGAAUGGAGAAGGAAGUGUUAUCAGACGUUGUCGGGAAGGGGCAUCGCCCAGAAACUCCGAAGAUAGAUUGAAAGGAUGCGAAAAUGUUGUUAAUAAAAUUGAACAUAGACCAUUGUUUUCAUGUGAUCAAUGGAGUCAAAUUUCUAUUAGAUAUGUAAACCAACAAUUAGACGUAACAAUCAACGAUGAACGUCUAUUAUCUUAUCACGCACAAAACGAUAAUGAAUUUAAUAGUUUUACCAGACUAUUCAUACAUUCAAAUACCGAAAAUGCAUUAUGGAAAUAUCAUCAAUAUACUUAUUAUGAAGCUCGCAAACCAAACGUUAAUUUCAUUAACAGCAAUAAAUUUCUUGUAAAUUCUAAUCAUUUACAUAUUUCGUUUCUGGCAAAUCAUGCAAAAGAUAUAACAAUACAACUCUAUGACACAUCGCAAGAACUCAUCAAAACUGAAUACUAUAAGAGUGAUCAAAACACCCAAUGGAAUUAUAAAACUUUUAUUUCAGACGUAGAUGAAAGUGCUGAAUAUAAUUUACGCAUAUCGUUUAGUCCUAAUGAUAAGAUAGCAAUCAGAAACAUUGUCAGGCAUUUAGACUGCAAAGAAAGUAAAACUGAUAAAUUUCAUUUAUCAACUUUAGAGUACAACUUUGUUACAAAAAGUAAUAUUAAAUGUUCCUCGCUUCGGCACACAGCCAAACAACUUAAUCUUCAACUGCCACACAAAAGUAUUGAUAGUUGUCCAAGUAAUAAACAGCAGGAGUGUGACUUAUACAAUAAACUAUUCAAUACUACAAAUUGUCCGCACAGAAUAACGUGUAAUGAGAAAUCAUGUCACUGUUCAACAGGAUACACUGGACAAUAUUGUGACAAAAAGUGUGAAAGAGGCAAUUAUGGUUGUAAUUGUGCAUGUGAAUGUGGGAAGUGCGUUUCGAGCUUCUGCAAUCCAGCAAAUGGUGAUUGCUACUUUGGAUGUAAUAAUAUAAACUAUCUUGCUCCUGAUUGCAUGAAAAGAAAUCUUCCAGUGUUAACUGGAAUUGCAUCAACUCAAACUGAUUGUGUUACAAAUUGCACAAUUAAAAUCUACGAUAAAGAAUUAAAAUAUGAUGGUGUCGCGGGACCUAAAUAUUAUUACACUCGUUUAAUUCAGCCAAACAGAACUACCACAGAAGGAGAAUUAACACAAAUUAAAAUCAACAUUAUUAAAUUUACAAAUUUAAUUAAAGAAAGCAAAUAUGCUUAUCAGAUAAUUUUAUGUGUGACUAGUACCAAGUCAAAUUGUGGUUUUGAUGAAUUGACAACAUUUGAAUUUGAAACAACGUGUGAAGAACUUCGUAAAGAUCAAAUUCUAAUUGGAAGUAUUGACAGGCGUACGACAAUUAAUGUGGCAUCUUACAAUUCCAAUAAGAAUUGUUUUUUAAGCAGUUAUUACAUGAUAGUUGUUGAUUCAGCUAGUAAUUCAGUUCAGAAGUCAAAACAUUUGGAACUUAAGUAAUACUAUAACAUCAUUGGAUAUAUUUACUAAUUAUUCACUUCAAUUGACUAGAAAGUAACAAAAUAACACAUAGUAUUAUGUUCACCACAGAUGAAUCAGUUCCUAAUGCUGUUAGAAAUGCAAAAGUUAUUUCUACGCCACCUACCUAAGAGACUCAGUCUUAUAUGGGAUCCACCUAAACCUGUUUAUGGAAUUAUCAGGAAUUAUAUCGUCACGUGGAUGUUGUAUGAUAAAAGAGAUUGUUUACCCGCGAAAAAAUCAGGAAUGUUCAAUUUAAAAAUGUGACAACUACGACAAUUGAAUUAGAUAAUCUACAACCAUAUUCAAUUUAUAAUAUAUCAGUAUCAGCAGUUACGAAGAAAGGUCAAGGAGAUAUUGAAAAUAUUAUAGGAUACACAGAUGCAACUGAAACAAUUGACAUAAACAUCUUUAAUUAUAAGGUUACCACCUUAGAAACUUUGAUAGAAAUAGGCACUAAUAUUGAUUGUGAAAAUUGGACUGGUCCAAUCUAUCUGAAUGCAUAUGCUACCUGCAAGAGUACUUGGUGUGAUGAAAUAGGAAACAACGCGUCGAAGCAAAUACAAUAUAAAGACACAA